AUGUCCCAUAUUCAUGUCGGCGCCAUGCUUGCCGAGCCGCUCGGAAACGUGUACGCGGUAUUGGAAAUAUGCUGGCGUCUACCAUGGCGUGUAGCAUAUGCAAUAAUAGGCAAAGUUACAUCGUCUCAGGUGCAGCCAGAGCAAACUUCGGUUUGGCUUGCCAUGGCAACGUCGAUAUUUGCACCAUUUCUGGCAUACAACUGGCAUAUGCUGCUUGCACGACCUACAACCAUAGACCCGGCAGCAGCACUCCUAUUUCCCCCGGACGUCAAUGACAAGAAUCCGAAUAAGGACGAAACACAUGGCUUCCACGGUUUCCUCUAUGCCAGUGAACUUUCCCCGGCCUACGGAAAGCCGACGUUGAAGGGCGCAGAUGCUGUUUGGAUACACGCUCAUGGAGGCGGCUUCUACGCCGGGGAAGCUCGUCAAUACCAUCACACAUAUCUACGCUGGACGAAUAAGGCUUACCAAGAACUGGGGUAUGAUCUGAGAAUCCUAGCUGUGGAGUAUCCAUUAUCUACGGUGAAGCCAUAUCCUGGGGCACUUGAAGCCAUGAUGGCAGCGUAUAAGUAUCUGUUGAAUGACGGCAUCGCUCCAUCUCACAUUGUUAUCGCUGGAGAUUCCGCCGGUGGCAAUCUCGCCCUGACAACAUGCUACGAAAUCAUGCAGAGAAAGCUCCCUAUGCCAGGCGCACUUAUAAUGCUGUCGCCAUGGCUCGAUCUGACUCGCUCAACGUCAGGCAACUCCCCCAAUCAGCCAACAGACUGGCUCACAACAUUCGACAGCGAGGAGUGCCGCGUUGGGGCAAUCGAGAUGUACAUGGGCACUACGAUCAAAUCCGCCCAGGACCCAAGGGUCUCUCCUAUGUGA